UUAAAAGCAUCGCUGGUUGUGGUGAAGGUCCCAUUUCUAUGGAGUGCUUAUUAUAGAUUCUGCCCUUUGGCCCCUGUAAGGGCAGGGGGCCGCACUAAGGAGUGUUUGUGUGAUACAGUAUUAACUUCUGAGGUCAAAGUAGAGCUGCUCUGGAGUUAUGAGCAGAAGUGUGUUUGUUCCGCUGAGGGGAACCGACUGGGAGGCUUGAAAUCAAGUGAAAUGUUACACAUGAUAUUGAAUCAACAUGAUGAUGAACAGAAACAGAAAUCGCAUGUGAGUGGAACAAAGCCAUGAAACAACAAAGCAGGAACAUCAGAGCUCAAACUUGAGGAGGCGGUGACACAGAGUCCAGACAGACCUGGGUUGAGACCGUCUGAGACCCGGAGGCUCGUGUGGACGUGUUUUUGUUUUUUUUACAGUGCAGUCGGAUCCAGAGCAGCCAGAGGAUCCAGAGCAGCGGUGACUCCUGACCGCCUGGACCGACACACCGCGCCCCGGCAGCCGGAGCCUGAGUCCCGCAGUGUGCGUGUCGUCGUUCAGUGGGAGGCUGGUGGGAGGCUGGUGGGAGGCGGUGGGAGGGCUCCGCCGUGUUUUCUGUGGAGCGGAGGCAGAAAGCAGAGCAGCCGCGCCGCCCACUCCUCCGGGGCGCAGCGCGCAUCGACGAUUUCGCAACCGCCGCCGCUGCCCCGUUUAAAUGCGCGGAGGAGCGGCGCGGAGCAGACACCCGCACUAACCCCGCAGACACGCACCCUGAGCCCCGCAGACUGGAACUAACAGCAAGGGAACAGACGAGCAGCUUCUCCUCACCCGCUGCGACAAGCAACCGCAUCCCGGACCCGUCUAUCACCUGGUCGCACGGAGAGAAGACCUCCAUCACACUGUGAUGGACGACCCCGCUGACGCCACAGGGCUGUGAACUCGUCGACGCUGGAGUCAAACCUCAGCUGUUCUUUCCUCACUUCACGUGGAGCCGUGGGACGUUUCUACUAGAUCUGUUUGUCUGUGACUCAACGUUCACUUCAAUUAUCUGCUGGUGAAGAUCACAAGGGACCAACGUUUUCCUGAAAAUGGAGACACUUUCCCAGGAUUCCAUUCUGGAGUGCCAGAUCUGCUUCAACUACUACAGCCCCCGGCGGCGGCCCAAGCUCCUGGAUUGCCGACACACGUGCUGCUCGGUGUGUCUGACCCAGAUGCGCAGCACCCAGAAGGAGAUUCGCUGUCCUUGGUGUCGCGGCGUCACCAAGCUGCCGCCGGGGCUGUCCGUCUCCCAGCUCCCAGACGACCCGGACAUCAUCACGGUCAUCGCCAUCCCUCACGCCUCGGAGCACACGCCCGUCUUCAUCCGCCUGCCCAGCAACGGCUGCUACAUGCUGCCCCUGCCCCUCGCCAAGGAGCGGGGGCUCGGCCUGCCGGGGGAGCUGGGCUGUCGCUUCCUGCCCGGCGGCCACCAGAAGGGGGUCACGGUGGUGACCAUGCCCGAGCAGCAGCCUCUGGGCCUGGCUAUGGGUCUCGAGGCCGUGGGGCUGGACGGCGGCGACAUGGAGAGGAGAGUCACCGGCCCGGUGGGAGGAGCCGGGAAGGGCUCCACGUGGUCCGGCGUGUGCACGGUAAUCCUGGUGGCCUGCGUGCUGCUCUUCCUCCUGGGCAUCGUGCUGCACAACAUGUCCUGCAUCUCCAAACGCUUCACGGUCAUCUCCUGCGGCUGAGGGCGGGGGGGGGAGGCUGCUCGGACUGACGCAGGACCCCCAAAACCCCCCCCCACCCACCCACCCACCCUGGAUUCCCCCACCGGCCGUGUGCGUCUCCUCGAGGCUGGAGACCGGAAUGAACUCACAUCCCGGGCGUCCGAGGAAACUACAGAGCGAAGCAGAGGGAUUCAGGAGAAGAGGAGAAUCUCAACGGUCCUUGUUUCUCGAGACUAAAUGGAAAUAUACAUUGGAAACAUUUUUGAAAGAACGCUUGAGGAAGUACUUCGAACCUGGUUCUGGUCAGCUGAUUGGUUUCCCUCCCGGCUGAUUGGUUGUGUCUGAGCCAGUUGGAUUGCCUGUUUAGUCUGUGGUCUGUAGAAGUCCAUCAGUUGUCGUCGUGUUGUGUAGAUGAGUGUAGGUUCUGAGCUGGAGCUGCAGACCAGAGAGUCCGGACCUGGCCGCUCUCUGGUCUCCGCUGCUGCAGGAACGAACCCGGCAGGAUCCACAUUCGGCCCCAACUGAAAACUGUGAAUCCCUGAAAAGAAAGAAAAAACAAAUCGACACAGCUUUUUACUUUAUCUCUGUUUGUUUCGUACAGAAUCUGUUUCUUACUCAGAACGAUUCCACGGAGUCAGAAACAGGUUCGUCAAAAAGUACAGUGGAUUGUGGAUUGUAAUGUUGGCACGUGCCCGAGUAUCAUAAAGACACAGGGUUUGGGUUUGAGAUAUAUGAAUCAGAUCAAGUGUGUGUUGGUAAAUGAUUGAUAAAAGGAAAAACUGGCAAUUCCAGCGGCGCAGUUAAAUUAAUAUAUUUGUCUGCUUGAAAAAAACUUCAAAAAUGAUGAUGAACAGACGUGCAGGAUGCUAACCGCCAAAAAUCCACAGGCUGUCGAACAAAGAAAUGUCUCAAAAUACUUACAAUUGGUGAACUUGCAACAAUUUAAAAAAGAAACGUUCGACACAAACCACAACUUUACAAUUUUACAUUUUUAAAAUAGUUCCGAAAUGAAAUGCGUGCACAUUUUAGCACAUUUGAUAUUUAAUCCGUUUCCCCUUGCUUUCUGUCUUAAAGCUAAGCUAAGCUAAUAGCUCAGAAUUGAAUGCACAUGUGCUGCUGUUUUUCUUAUUUGAACUUGUUGCGAGAAAAGCCAAUAAACCAAAAUGUCAAGAAUAUUCCUUAAAGGUUCAGUGUGUCAGUGUCACCACUAGAUGUCACUACAUUCUACACACUGAACCUUUCAAAGUAAAACGAAGCUAAAUUUGACACAGACAAAUUUGCUUUCACAUUUGUCGUACUUUUCGUCCGUUUUUGUGAUUUCCCACGAUUUCGUAUUUGACCUCUUUCGCACCGGUCGUCCUCUGAAGCCUCCGUCAGCCGCCCGCACACCUUCGACUCCUCAUCUCAACACCCCCCUUCGUUUAGGAAACUGCAGGAUACAUGGGCUCAGCAGUGCGGUGGUUUGUGUCGGUGUGUGCGAGCAGCGGGUCCGCGGCGGGUCGGGAGUGGGCGGGCGCUGCGGUUAACGACGGACAUAUUGAUUGAUCUGGUUUCGAACCUCUCGUGCACAGGGGUGGACGUGUGCGUUGUGUUUUCACUCUCACGUGUCGACCAACACUUUGUUUACAGCGUGGUUGUACAGCGUUAACAAACAGGGUGAACUCUUUUGUACAGCAGCCUCGUCGUGUACAGAACGAUUGUAAUUUUUCUCUGAUGAUUUUGUCUCUUCGUGGACGUGUGUCCUCCGAUGGGAGACAAGUGAGCACACUUCAGGGCGCUCGGCGUCGCCGUGACGCCAGUGACACCACGCGAGGAAAGACGGUUUUAAAAAGUGUUUAAAUAAACUGCACCAAAAUGUUAUAAAUAACUACUGACACUUGUUCAUUGAAAAAUAACUUUUCUUCUCUUUUUGAUAUUGUUCUGCUCGUUUCUUUUCAUGGACUUUGAUUUUCCACAUGAAUUUCACCUUCUUAAAAAGUUUCUCCGCUCAAAAAUAUUAGUCCUCGAUUUUGUUAAAGUUUGGUUUAAUAUGAUUUGACUCGACAUCCCGCGACAUCUUUCAAAAUAAAACUAUCUGCCGCCAAAGCAGAUUCUGACGUUGUCACACCGGAGAGUCUGAAUCAAGCUUCAUGUGUUUGUCCCAUAGUUUCAUUCUGAUCAACCUCCUGUGUUUUCACUCUGCAAACCAACAGACCCACGGUUCAGUUGGAUCCAGACCCGGAUCUCUUCUGGUCUGAGGAACCUUUCACACCUGAGGUUCAGGGUCUGAAGCUCGGAACCAAACAAGGUGUGAACGAGUCCUGAGAAAAUCCUCUUCACACACAGAAGAGUCUGGGAUCUUAUUAAAUUAAGAAUUUAUAUAUUAAUCCAUUUUUGCAGCUGGAAGUUUCCCUGCACAUGGAUUUUGAAAAGGCGUUUGAGCCACGACUCUGCAGCUGCAGCCGGUGGAGUUCAGCUGCUGCUGUUGCUAUGAGACUCCGUCGAGAGCCCGUUUGAAGUCGGGCGCUCCGCUGCCGAAAGUUGAAAUAUUUUUAGCUCCUGGCGCAGCGAGCUCGAAAAACAUGAUUUCUCAGCAAUUGAGGUUGAAGUGUUUUUUUUUCUUCCGGCUCGGUUUCCACCCAAUAUAACUCGCAGAUAAAGGAAAAUUCUUUCAAAAUAAAAGAUUCAUGAAUAUUCUUUUUGGAUCUCUCGUGGUGUGACAUGUCAGUUUUUAAUAAAACAUUCUUCGUCUUAAACGACGUCUUUAUUAAUGCUUUGAUAAUGUUUUAUAGUUCUAUAAUAAGCCAUUUAAGUGAUUUUAGGUUCUCAGGUUGAGGAAGGUUUUACCUGGUGGUCAUCAUCCUCUAUCAUGUCAGUUCAUAAUAAUGAUUGCACUGCCUACCUGGCAACCCGACACAUCAUUAAUGUGACAUUAUUGAUCUGUAAAGUUUUAAUUAAUGUUCAUUGAUAAGCCGUUAAUUACUACAAACCCCUUAUGAGCAAUACACACAUUUAAUCAAUGCUUUACAACACGUCACUGUAUUGUAAUGUAUUUAUUAAUGCUGAGUAUUUGUGCAAAACUAUAAUAACAAUCUGCCAUCAAGACAUUUUAUUCUGUCAUCCAUUAUUUAAACAUCAGCCUCCACUUGGAAAACUGUUGUAACACAUUUAAAAAUGUGUUUUCAUGGGAUUCAACGACAGACGUUUAGAGACACCUGCCUGAUGUUGGGAUUCAAUCUGUGAUGCUCACAACCCUGAAAUAUAUUAAAGAAGUUGAUAUUGAUAUUACAAUUUGAUAUUGAAACUCAACGACCAGGACAAAUAAAACCAGAACCGAUAAAUCCAACGCUGUACGAGAAAGUUCAGAAGCAGUGAAGAUGUGAACACCUUUAAAGAUCGGGUUGGUAAUUUCUGAAAACACUUAUUUGCUGAGAUCCUCUUCACGUCUCAAUAAAUAAAGUCGUCUGAAAUAAUAAGCAUUUAAUUAAAUGUGAGAAAUUGGAGCAGAACUGGAUCCAAACCCACCACAGCUAUUUAAACCAGUCUCAGUGUUCAAUAAACCAAAUUUAAGUCGUUUACCUUCAUGAAUAAGACACGUUAUAUGAUGCAAUAGAUUAUGGGGCUAAUAUAUGGGGCUAUUAUCUUAUAUUGUUUGUAUUUGUGUGAUUUUACCAUUGAAUGAAGGCAAAAGCUGUAAAAUUCUGUUAUGCACCAAAGGAAUUAAGGGAUAAAGUUGGAUUUUUCUGUGCAACAUCAAACACUUCAGAGAUCAGCGAAGGUUAAUGUUCGACAUCCUCUUCAUCCUCUGAGUCACAACAUCUGUAAAACCUCUGUCCUCUGUCGUAGCUGUUUUAUAAAUUCAGAAAACUGUCCUGUUGGAAAUUUUUUUUACGGAAACUUAACGAUGACUAGAAGAAGAAGAAGAAGAAAAAGGAAAGAGGAGGUAGAGCGGAGGUUUGUCGUUUCUGUGCCUGUGUGUUCGUGAAGCUGUUCCAGUUCCUGUUGUAGUUCCCUGCUCACGUCGGCUCCGGCGACUCGAGCAGCAGCUGUUUUUGAUGAACCAUUAAAGCAAACUGCUCUGGAUCUGAAA